CAGAGUAAAGUCAAAUUACAAAGCUGCGCAAAGUAUAACAUACAUAAACUUAAUUAAACAUAAGAACAGAUAAGACGUUUAGAGCCUUGUCGGUGACAUGGGCGCCGCUGUUGGCUUGGAACAGCUAUUUGCUGUGCAUAGGGACGUGCCCGCGUUAGCCGUGUUGCAACAGCUCAGGAUGGAUUUCAGCCAGCAACAGCCUCAAGAGCUGCUUCACAACCACCGGGAAUGUCUUCAGUUGGGCACGUGUAGUUUUGGUCGGCGGGGUCGAGAAAUGUAUGCAAUGCGCACAGAAACCAAGGUGCCAACAUAUCCGGUAUUGCAUCGUGAAGCUAAUGGCGCAGCUUGACGAGGAUAUCAAGAAUCUCCAGUUACAAAUAAAGGCCACGGAGGAUAAACAAAAUACAUGUGAAGACAAAAAGGAAUUGGACUACUUACGCGAGAAGGAGCGCCAACUUCGCGAGAAGGAGCUCGUGCUUCUCAAGAUGCAGUGUGACGAGAAGAAACCACACUGGACUCCCUGUUCCCCGAGUUGCGAUAGUGAAACAAAGUCACGUUCCACGCGGGCGGCACCAUGUCCAGGAAGCGCCUCAGAGCCCCGGGAUGCUCCGGAAACUCCACCUGAAGGAUCUUCUCAGCCUCAAUACGACAAGUGUACGAGCGGGCACGACCACCGGCCAGAUAGCGCAGACGCCGCCAACCUGCACGCAUGUAUACCUGCCGUACAGGCGCUAUCUUCAGCCUGGGGAGCCAGCCGGGGGGCCAGUAAUAGCAGCCGCGGCGGCGGCAGCGUUGGUCGCUUGGUUCGUCGUACUGCUCUCAUAGCAGUGUCGCUGCUGGUGUUCAACAUUGGCGGCACGGCGGCCUGGAGGCGCGGCGUGGCGGUGGUGGCGGCGGCGGCGGCUUCACACCCUGCGCUGCAGAUGACGACAACGGUGCUGACGGCAUCGUCCACCACCUAA